ACAUAAUUCAUAUUCAUAUUUCUGAGGCUGUAACUAAAGCACACACAAAAAUUAGGGUUCUAAUAAAAUUAAAUCCGUUUGUUAUUAAUUUUCAGCUUCCAUUUUUUCUCGUUCAUAUACAUAGUGAAGAUUGUAAGUUAGGAAAUUUUUGGUUAGUUAGAAUGUCGGUGACCGCUAUUUCAGGUUCGACAAAUAGUAGUUUGUGUAGUGGGUCUGCCAAUGCUUUAAACAGAAGUUGUUUGAGAACCAGAAAAGGACAAAUGAUGUUUGGGACCGAAAAAGGGUUCCUUUUGCAUCAAUGUGUAAGGAAUGUAGUGUUUACGGGCCAUCAAGCAGAUGUGCCUGGACGAUGCGGUAUGAAGAGGGUUGAAGCGGGUUGGCUUUUUAAAGGUGGAGGAGGUGACCAGGGUUCUGAAGCAGGUUUAGAGCGUAGUGAAAGCGCUAACGAAGAUAUUUUGAUUUUCUUUUAUCAGUUGGAUUUGGCUACUAGAGUGCAGUAUGCUUUGAAUUUGGAGGAGUAUGAUAUUGCAAAACAAUUGAGAAACAAGCUCAAUGAGGUUGAAGCAGAAGUUAUUAAGCAACAAGAAACAAAGAGAGGUUUAUCUUCAAAAAGUGAAGCUCAAGACAAGGGUAUAAGUUUGUUGCGUUUGCGAGCAGACCUGCAGAAUGCAAUAGAGAAUGAGAACUAUGCAGUGGCAGCUGAUAUACGCGAUCAGAUGUCCAAGCUAGAGGCAGAUUCAUUGGCUGCGUCAAUAAAAGCCCAAGCCUUUGAGAAAGCUCAUUUUGAGUUCCGUUUAGGCCAGAAAGUGAGGCACAAAAAGUUCGGAUACAGAGCCGUGGUUUGUGGAAUGGAUCCAGUGUGCUGUGAAACAAGUUUGUGGAUGGAAAAUGCACAGGUUGACCAGUUGACUCGUGGUCCUGAUCAGCCGUAUUAUCAGGUUUUGGUUGAUGUGCAUGAAGACCCCAAUCUAUUGGUAGCAUAUGUUCCAGAAGAAAAUUUACUGGCUCCAGAGGAACCUGAUAAGGCUAGAUUUGAUCAUCCGUACACUUCCUUCUUAUUCUAUGGUAUGGAUUCAGCUGGAGACUUCAUUCCUGUAAAGCAGCUGCGUGAGAAGUACAAUAGACCUAGACAUGAGGUGCCAUAUGAUCCACAAGAUGAUGUUUGAGCUUGAGCUGACAUAAUUCAGUCUGUUGAUGUGAUCUUGCCGUUGUGCUAUAGCAUCUCCCGCCUUGUAUAAAUAGAAAGUAUAUAUAAUUUUAUAUUUAUAUGAUACAAUUGAGCAUGGUUUUUCUAUAAUAUUUUUGAAGACUAACAAGUUGAAUGCUGGAA